CAAGGCUCCCCACCCAAUUGUAACGAAGCAAUUCCGAUGGCGGCUGUCCUGAAGCUCCUCUCCGCUGCACUCCUCCUCAAUCUCCUCGCGACAGUGGCGAGCCAGCGGUGCGAUCUGUCGAGCGUUCAGGUGCAGCAGACCAACACGGGGCGGAAGGUCGGCUACGACCCGGUGUUCCAGGUGGAGGUGAAGAACCUGUGCCGCUGCACCAUCACCAACGUGUUCCUGCGGUCGGAAGGCUUCGCCAGCUCCGCCACGGUCGACCCCAAGUUGUUCCGGCGCGAGGGCACCGGCUACCUCGUCAACGACGGGAAGGGCAUCCCCAGCUCGCUCUCUGUCAAGUUCCGGUACGCAUGGGACAGGGCCUUCAGGAUGUCGCCUGCAAGCUUGCAAGUGAACUGCUGGUGAGACAAUGGGCGAUUCCGGCCGUGGCAGUAGCCGAAGAUGCAAAGAAGACAACGGCUGCAAUAUGAACCCUGUGAAUAACUACCCUGAACUCUCAAGCAGCCUGCAGUAUGAACAUACCAGUCUGAUCUGUAUGCAAGUUUUAUGUAUCCGCUUCAAGAGUCCGACGAUCUGUAUACCAAUCACAACAUGUUACGAGUUUGAAGGAUCCUACCGCCACCUUGUACCCUUUGGAUUAUGGUUUCAUUCAUAAGUACUGCUUGUCAUGCUCUUCCUUCC